AUGGCGCCACUACACUUUUCCGAGGCCGUGCAGGGCAUGGUCGGCAGACUGGAGUGCAACAUUACACCGGCAAUUAGCGGCGACCGGGCGACGCUGGUGAUGUGGUACAAGGCGGCCCAGACGAUCCCGUUUUACGCGUUCGACGCGCGAGACACCCGGGAAGGAUCGCACCGCAGCUCGAACUCGUCCUUUGACGGGCGCGUCAAUUUCUACCCCAGCCGGACGCCGGCCAUGCUGGAGAUCCUGCACACCAAGGCCACGGACAGUGGGCUGUACCGGUGCCGGGUGGAUUUCCACAAGAGUCCCACGCGCCACACGCGCGUCCAGUUGACCGUGAUAGUGCCUCCGGAGAAGCUGCUGAUAGUGGACGAGAAGGGAUCGCACAUUCGUCACUACAUCCUGGGACCGUACAACGAGGGGGCCACCAUCAACAUUACGUGCAUUUCCACCGGAGGUCGCCCAUUGCCGCAGGUGCAGUGGUGGUACGAUAAUAAGGUCAUCAACAACACGUCGGUGGUGCUGUCGGACAAGCGUGUCAAAAACACGCUCGUUCUGCACCGGCUCGAGCGGAAGCACCUGAAGUCGGUGUUCACCUGUCAGGCUGCCAACAACAACGUAACGAAUCCGAUUUCGGCCUCCAUUACGCUCGACAUGAACCUGCGGCCACUGGCGGUGCGGUUGCAGGGCAAGAACCGGCCGCUGUCGGCGAACCACACCUACGAUCUGCAGUGCGAGGUCCUCGGUUCACGGCCGGCACCGACCAUCACCUGGUGGAAGGGCAGCACCCAGAUGCGUGGCCAUCAGGAGACGACCGACCCGGAGGGCAACAUCACCGUAUCGAUACUGAGCUUCCGGCCCACCAUCGACGAUAAGGGCAAAUAUUUGUCCUGCCGGGCGGAGAUGGCCGUCAUCCCGGACGCCGGCAAGGAGGACGGCUGGAAGCUUGACAUCUACCACGUUCCCGUGGUCACGCUGGAGUACGGCACCAACUACAACUACACCUCGUCCAUCCCGGAGGGAGUCGACGUGUACUUCGAGUGCAACAUCAAGUCCAACCCGUGGGUCUACAAAGUGAUCUGGCGCCAUUACGGCAAGGAGCUGGUCAACAGCCCAUCCGAAGGGGUCACCGUGUCGAACCAGAGCCUGGUGCUGCAGAACGUGAGCCGCAGCCGGGCGGGCCUGUACACGUGCGUCGGCAGCAACCGGGAGGGCGACGGCGAGAGCAACCCGGUCCAUCUCGACAUAAAGUUUGCUCCCGUGUGCCGCCCGGGGCUGGUGACCACCUACAACAUCGGGCGGAACGAGCUGGCCAAGAUCGUGUGCGAGCUGGAGGCGAACCCGACGAACGUCACGUUCAGCUGGAAGUACAACACGUCCGUUGCGGAGAGCCUGGACAUUCCGGCCUCGGAGGUGCUCAGUGACCGCACGAAGAGCGUGGCCCACUUCAAGCCCGUCACGGAGAAGGACUAUGGUACGCUGCUGUGCUGGGGUCGGAACGAAAUCGGCGCCCAGACGGAGCCCUGUCUGUUCAACCUGAUCCCGGCAGGAAAACCGGACCCCCUGUCGAACUGCUCCAUCCUGAACCAAACGUUCGACAUGCUGCAGAUCGAGUGCCUCGAGGGCUUCGAUGGCGGGCUGCCGCAAGACUUCCUGGUGGAGCUGUACGUGAUCGGCAACCGGCAGCUAAUGGCUUCGAUUAAAUCAAAGUCACCCGCGUUCGAGCUGAAGGGUUUGGAGGCGGGCGUCGGAUACAACGUAAUACUCACUGCCAAAAACUCCAAAGGGUCCAGCGAUCCGACGUACCUGCAGGCGUUCACGCUGAAGAACCCCGAGAAGCAAACUGAUCUGUCGCUCGUCUACGCGCCGGCCCUGCUGCAGAUCAAACCGUUCAUCGGGACGCUACUCGGCGUGGUGGCGGCCAUCAUCUCGAUCGCGUCCAUCAUCGUGUGUGUGACGCGGCUCCGGGGGUCGGCCGGGCGGGACCGGGACUGCGGUAGCAACAUGUCGACGAACGAUGCGUCCGGCAUCAGCCAGUCCAUCCCGGACGCCGAUCUGGCGCGGGAGCAGUGCAACGGGAGCAUCGACAGCAUCGAGAAGAACCCGGACAUCAUCCCGCAAGCGAAACUGGCGCGUCUGCCGGAAGAAGACGAGAAGGCGUUCGAGUGGCUCAACAGUGCCGCCCAUCCGCGGCUGUACGCGACGGCGGCCAUGGCCGAGCAGCAGAGCGGGGCGCAGCUGGGUCCACCGCCGCCCAGCACGGCACAGGCCACCUACGACACCCGGGCCUUCUACGCGCUGGCCCGGGACAUGCAGCAGCAGCAGCAGAACUGUAUGCAGCAGACCGUCUACCCGGUGACCAGCUCCGACGGCCAGAGCUACAUCCCGGUGCACAGCGCCAUCAUUCCGACGCCCAUCAUCGGUGGCUACGGGAUCGACGGCCACAAGCACGACCUGACGUACGCGGACUUGUCGUCGAUGGGUGGUGGCGGGGGUGGAGUCGUCGGUGUCGGCGGGGCAGGCCUUGGGAUGCCGAAGCUGAGUUCGGGCCAGCCGCAGAUGUACGUCAGUGCCACGCUCGGUCGGCCGCGGCAGUCCGACAUUAAGCGCUCCGAGCCGACGAUCUACGCGCAGAUCGAUCUGGCCCACCACCCGUCGGUGCACUCGACCAACCUCGUCUACACGAACGCGCCCCGGCCCGCGAUUCCGAUUUCACACGCCACCGGGCUCCCGGUGAGCACCGGCCACCUCCUGCAGCAGCAGCAGCAGCAGCCCUCGUCCCUCCAGUCGCCCCUGCAGCGGACCGACUCCUCCGGGCAGUCCUCGCUGACGGAACGGUACCCGCCGCCGCCACUGUUCGGCGGAUCGCUUCCGGUCAGCAAUCAGCAGCACGAACCGCCCAGCUUGUUACAGACGGUGCCAGAGAUGGGAGCCCGCGACGCACAGGAUGCCCUGCCCUCGGCGGGACUGCCGACGAUCGGCGAGGGUCGGUUGCUGAACCACGCGACACGCUUCUGA